AUGGCCGACGCCGGACAACAACGACCUCUCACGGCUUUCGCUCCGCCGCCGCCUUUGUGGAAACACUUCACGCCGGAUAACCUCAAAAAGCUAGACGAGAUCAAGAAAAAUGCAUCGAAAAAUGAGGAUGGAAAACCACAGAAAAAGAAGUGGACGCCGGCUGAAUUGCAGGCUUUAGACAUACCACCAGAGCUUCGUUUUCUCAUUCCACCAGAGAUACCCAAAUCAGGCCAUUACAGUGUGUUUGGCGAGCUACAAAGCCUCUCAACGGCUCUUCCCCCCCUCCAAGAUCAAGGCAUCACACAGCUUUAUCCUUCUCCGCCAACAGGUGACGCCGACCGUGAACAAACCUCAGAACCUACCCAGCCCCUAAAUCACGCGUAUUACCUCCUCAAGAUCAGCAAAUCGUUGCUUCUAAACUUCCUGGAAUUUGUGGGCAUCCUUUCGGUAGCUCCUGAGCAGUUUGAAUCCAAGGUGGAGGACUUGCGCAAUUUGUUCAUCAACGCGCAUCAUCUUCUCAACCUGUAUCGACCUCACCAAGCGCGUGAAUCGCUCAUUCUGAUGAUGGAGGAACAGCUGAGCCGCACCAGAGAGGAGAUUCAGCAAAUGGACAAGUUAAAGGCGGAAAUUACUGGGGCCCUCGACCAACUGAAGAAGGACGGCGUUGACGUGGAUGCAGCACCCGUCGAAACUCCCGAUAAUGAUACGAAGAAAUCCAGUGUUUCAGAAGAAAAAGCGACUGGGGAUGCGCAAUUGGUCUGGGACCUCCUAGAUGAGAAGAAUUGA